AAGGCAUCAUCCUUAAUGUUGUUGCAUAGUUGUGCACUUUUCAUACAGUAGCAUGAAUUUCAGUGUCCCCUGUCUGGACAGGAGCUCUGACACAGACACACCAGCAGCUUCUGAUUUCACACAUUUCUUCCUUACUGUUUCAUGUCACUUCUGUUCCUAUAUGCUACUGUUGUCACCCUGUAACUGAUACUAAGUAGUACAAUUCUUCAGGCAACAUAAAGAUACUGAUUUCUAAAAAUACUCAACAAGUAGGCCUACAUGUUCUUACACACAAAAAACGAUGCUACAAUAACGUGAGUAAAUGUUUUUUCGUUACUUCCAACCUAAAACGAUUUUCUGCGUGAACUCGAUAUGAAAACAAACAAAAUGUUAUUUAAGGUCAAACCUUGCUAUUGGCUAAAAGCGGCUCCCCUCCAGCCAAUUAUAGCUCUGUAAAUGAUCCUCCUCCGUGUGACAGGGAAGUUCACAACACAGUAGUGAAACUCGGAGGACAAGCUAACACAGCUGUCUAUGUUUGUUAGCUACAGUUAGCCUCUGACACUGGAGCUGUUCAGCCCGUUAUUGAUCAGUAGUUGAUUAUUAAGGCGGGCUACAGCGGCUACAGGAAGCGUUUGGCUAAGAUAAUGCUAAGUGCCCUGGCGUGUGGAGCUGCGGUGUUUCCAGGGCUCUUCUAUACCUUCAGGAAAGGACUAAAACACACUUUCACACACUGGAGUGAUGCCGACGUGGUUUCUGUCAGUGAAAGGCUGGUCUCAGCCAUCCACGCCUCUUUGGCUACAGCAGCUGGAGUCACAGUUGUGACGUCCUGCAGGGACACCAUGACUGACAGUCACUGGCUGGUCAAUAGCUUUGUUUUGUUCGGAGCUCCCUAUAUGGCCCAUGACAUCUAUGCCAUGUAUCUGAGCCACUACCACACUCAGAGGGUCAGAGGUCAUUCCGGGUCAUACAGCAGCCACUCUCUUCAGACAGUGAAGGCUUUCCUCAGCAAGGACUGGAUGCUGGUCCUCCAUCACAUGACGCUGCUGCUCAUUUUCACGCCCAUCACUCUGUUCUUCAGAAGAGGACUGGGUGAUUUCUUCGUCGGCUGCCUGUUCACCACAGAGUUCAGCACUCCUUUCGUGUCUAUAGGAAAGAUUCUCAUCCAGCUGGGCCUUGACAACACCAGGCUGCACAGAAUCAACGGCAUCAUUGUCCUCCUGAGUUUCUUCAUGUGUCGGAUCCUGGUCUUCCCCUUCAUGUACUGGAUGUACGGCAGGCAAUUUGGGAUUCCCCUGCACAAAGUGCCCUUCCACCUGCCUCUGCAGUGCAACGUGGGUAACCUGGUGAUCCUGGCUCCACAGAUCUACUGGUUUAUUUUGCUGCUGAGGAAAGCGAACAGACUCUACAUGCGACAGAAGAGAGGGUAGGGGGACUGAAGCAAAGACAAGCAGAGGACAUGCUGAGUCCACCUGAUUAUAAAACCGCUGGGUUUCCACUAAGAAUAAAGAUACGACAGACUAUUAAAAAUAUACAAGGUUUCAAGAAUAAGUAAUAGGAGAAAAGGUUUGAAUAUUUCUAGAAUUAAGUUGUACAUUUAAAGUUAAACAGCAUUAAUAAUUUGAGGGGGAAAGGUCUAACAUUUCAAAAUAAAGUAACGUGUCAUUUUUCUCUCGUCUGCUUUCUUGUAAAUGUGUUAACUUUGUCAAAAUAUUACUGUUUCUUAAUUUUGAUUUCUUCUGUAAAUUUUCAACUUUUAAUUGAAACAUUACUUGUCCUUAAUUCCAAUUACAUGACUUAUUUUUCAAAUGCUGUGACUUGAAAUAUUGACUGUAUCCUCAAAACACUUUUCCUCUGAAUUCUAUGAAUCAUACUGUAUUUUCAAAAUAGUCUGAAUUUCUUAAACAGUCAAAUUUAUCUUUGUUAAAUCACUCGUUUCUCUCCCCCCCCCUUAACUGUGCCCCUAAUAAAUGAUCAUAGACGGCUGAGUUCAGUGUUUGUCGUGCACUACAUCAUCAUAAUGUCAAUUUUGCUGUUGCUAUGUGACAAAACUCAAUAAAUUGAUUUAAUUAUGUA